AUGAAAUCGACAAUAUUCUUGAUUCUAUCAUUAUGGAAAGGCGUCCAACACGUCCAAGCAGCGGCCGUGUUCGCCCAUUUCAUGGUCUAUAACUCGGAGAACUUCACGGUCUACGACUGGGAAGUCAACAUUGCAGCAGCGCAAAGGGCCCACAUCGAUGCCUUUGCCCUAAACAUCGCAUACAACUUCCCGACAAACAACCGCUCCCUAGUAAACGCGUUCACCGCCGCAAAUGCCCUCGACUUCCAACUCCUAUUCUCAUUUGACUACGUAGGCAACGGAGCCUGGCCAGAAGGCGAGGUGAUCGGACUACUCCGAAAAUACGGAAGGAACAGAGCCUACUACCAACACAAGGGCAAACCCUUCGUCUCAACCUUCGAAGGCUCCUCCAAUGCCACAGACUGGGCAACUAUCAAAAAAUACACAGACUGCUUCCUCGUACCGGGGUGGUCCGCACUAGGCGCGAAAGAAGCACUCGCCGUCGCCCCAGGCGUUCCAGACGGAUUAUUCUCCUGGGCCGCGUGGCCCGAAGGCCCAGACCCGAUAAACACACACGUAGACUCAACCUACAUGCAAUGGCUCAAAGACACAGGCGAUCUACCGUACAUGAUGCCCGUCUCACCGUGGUUCUACACGAACCUGCCAGGUUACGGCAAGAACUGGAUCUGGAAUGGAGAUAAUCUGUGGUACGACCGGUGGCAGCAAGUGAUAUCUCUGAAGCCGGAGUUUGUGGAGAUCAUCUCGUGGAACGACUAUGGUGAAUCGCACUACAUCGGCCCGCUGCAUGAGGGUGCAUACGCGACCUUCGAGAUCGGUAAUGCGAGCUACAACUACGCCACUGGUCAUCCCCAUGACGGCUGGCGUGACUUCCUACCUUUUAUUAUUGAUGUCUAUAAAGGGGCUAGGGCGAAUGUUACUACCGAGGGCGUCACUGCCUGGUUCCGUCAGUCGCCUGGGCACGCUUGCACUAGUGGUGGCACUAUGGGUAAUACAAAGACGCAUGGUCAGAAGGAGUUCCCGCCUACAGAUGUCUUGCAGGAUGAGGUCUUCUACUCCGCACUUCUGCGGUCUGCUCAGGAUGUGGAAGUGUCGGUUGACAUCGGUGGGACUGUGCAGGAUGGGAAGUGGAAGAAUAAGCCUCACGGCCCAAUCGGUCUUUAUCAUGGCAGCGUGCCGUUCGAUGGUAAUACUGGACAAGUUGUCGUGACGGUGUCUCGUCGGGGAGAGACUGUUGCUGAGAUGCGCGGUGCAUCGAUCGCGGAAUCCUGUCUGGAUGAUAUCCAGAACUGGAAUGCCUGGGUUGGCACCAACUUUGCUAAUAAUACAAUUUCACCUCAGCCGCCGCCUUCUCCGGCUCCGACUUCGACUUCGCCUUCUGUUUCUGCGGCUUCGGCUCUUUUGGCGCUGGGGAGGUUACCAUUUACGGUUGUUUUCGUGGCUUUGGUUGCGACUAUGGUGACUGCGACGGCAAUGCCUGUUCAGUAUGAGAAAUUGGGUUUGACUGUCCGGGUCUCGGAAGUUUCUCCACCGGUCUAUGGCGCUGGUGUCGGCGAUGGCAAUGCUAGAAGCCAAUGUAGCUAUGGCACUAGCUAUUGUGUAUAUCCAAUCAACGGCUAUACUUGCACAACGACAACGGAGGCUCCAGUUUUCAUCCCAACCGGUGCCACAGCUUUCGCAUACGACGCAUCUUGGAAUUUGGACUAG